GCAAACGGACCGUCCCUGCCUAGUGCCUGUUGGUAGGAACCCGCUUGGCGUCAGUCAGGUCUGAGGGGUCUUGUAGGUGUCUGUGACUGAAGGAGACUUUGGGGAGUGUUGGCAGGAGAGAAGGCGCCAUGGACGAUCAGGGCUGCCCUCGGUGUAAGACCACCAAGUACCGGAACCCUUCCUUGAAGCUGAUGGUGAAUGUGUGCGGGCACACUCUUUGUGAAAGCUGUGUGGAUUUGCUGUUUGUGAGAGGAGCUGGAAACUGUCCUGAGUGUGGCACUCCACUUAGAAAGAACAACUUCAGGGUACAACUCUUUGAAGAUCCCACUGUUGACAAGGAGGUUGAGAUUCGGAAAAAAGUGCUAAAGAUAUACAAUAAAAGAGAAGAAGACUUUCCUAGUCUAAGAGAGUAUAAUGAUUUCCUGGAAGAAGUGGAAGAAAUUGUUUUCAACUUGACCAACAACGUGGAUUUGGACAACACCAAAAAGAAAAUGGAGAUAUACCAAAAGGAAAACAAAGAUGUCAUUCAGAAAAAUAAGUUGAAGCUGACUCGUGAACAGGAAGAAUUGGAAGAAGCUUUAGAGGUAGAACGACAGGAAAAUGAACAAAGAAGGCUAUUUAUACAAAAAGAAGAACAACUGCAGCAAAUUUUAAAAAGGAAGAAUAAGCAGGCCUUUCUAGAUGAACUGGAGAGUUCCGAUCUCCCUGUUGCUCUGCUUUUGGCUCAGCAUAAAGAUAGAUCUACCCAACUGGAAAUGCAGCUUGAGAAACCCAAACCUAUCAAACCAGUGACGUUUUCCACAGGCAUCAAAAUGGGUCAACAUAUUUCAUUAGCACCUAUUCACAAGCUUGAAGAAGCUUUAUAUGAAUACCAACCACUGCAAAUAGAGACAUGUGGACCACAAGUUCCUGAGCUUGAGAUGCUAGGAAGACUUGGGUAUUUAAACCAUGUCAGAGCUGCUUCUCCACAGGACCUUGCUGGAGGCUAUACUUCUUCUCUUGCUUGUCACAGAGCUCUACAGGACGCAUUCAGUGGGCUUUUCUGGCAGCCCAAUUAAUCUUUUUUCCUCCAUUUAUAAGAAUUGGACCUGGGAGUUAAACCAGGGAGCUUGCGAAAGUAAGCAGACUUAUAAAGUUAUAGCCAUAUGCAGCUGCACAGGAAUAGUACUACCACUAGCAGCUGUUUCAAAGUAUUUAUAAAGAGAAAAUUUCAGAACUAAGCUGAGGCAUAUAGGGGAUGCAUAUUUGUGAAAAAGAUUUAUUUUUUACUUAUGCAAUAAGCCUGAUCUGAUAGAAGAGAGGAACAAAUAAUUCACCUAUGAAUGUUUGAGGUUGACAGACUUGUAAAAUCUUUUUAAAAAUAAAGCUAGACUUUAUAUUAA